AGUGUACAGUACAAUCUCUGUUUAGAAGGCGAGAUUGUUGAAAACUCACGCUGAUCAGAAAGGGUAACUUAAGAGAGACAAAUUCAAGGCAUCUACAGUGCACGAAGCUAUUAAAAUGCCCGACUUGAGUUAAUGAGAGAAUGGCAACCGUCAAAGAGGAUUUGAAUAGAUCAGUCAACCUCUGGAAUAAUCUGCCGAUUAUAUUUGACACCUCCAUGUUACGGUCGUUAUUGCAAUAGAAGUUUAAAGUCCACCUUCUUUUAAAACCACAAUGUCUGAACAACGUGCAGUUCCCCUUUGUCUUCCAAACAACUGCAAAUGGGACGCACAGACAGGGGAGUACAGCAAGAGCGCUGGCCCCAGAGAAAGCCUUUGUGUUAUUGACGCAGCCAUAGAGAGGCUCAAGAGCAUCAAAGGUCCAGUAUGCGUGGUUUCCAUCGCUGGUCCUUGUCGCAAAGGAAAAUCGUACAUCUUGAGUAAAUCAUUCGAUCAGGGAGAAGUGUUUCCUCUUGGACAUUUUCUGGAUCCGGAAACCAUGGGAAUCUGGAUGUGGAUUGUUCCAGAUAAGUUUAAGGACUCCAAUGGAAAGGAGUUCACAGUGGUUUUGCUUGACUCUGAAGGCAUAGACGCCGUGUCAAGUGAUGGAUCGGACGAUCACUGUAUUUUUACACUGACCAUCCUUCUGGCUUCGGUACUGAUUUACAACUCUGCUGGUGUACCGACCAGAACUGAUCUUGACGGACUAGACUUCUUCGUGAAACUUUCUCAGCGAAUUCAGCUUCGUUCGUCAGCACAAAUAAGUGAUCCACUUGGUGGAGAAAGUCUGCAAGCUGAUGCAAAUCAAUUUCAUAAAACAUUUCCCUUCUUCGUCUGGCUGUUAAGAGAUGUUGUGGUGUCUCUUCCAAAGGACUGUCACAGCAUCAAGGAUUACUUCCUGACAAGGGUUUUCUUGUCCGAUCCAACUUCAAAAGACGACCAAUCAAAUCAAGUGGCAGAGAGUAUCUUGAACUUCUUUCCUGGGUUUGACGCUUUCAAGCUUCCUCCGCCUUCAUCAGACCCGGAAGUGGUGUUGAACCUUAACAGAGACGAGGUGCAGCAAGACGUGAACAAGUCAUUUGUCCGAGGAGUUCAGGAGUUCAAUGCACUACUUAGGUCUAAGCUAUCACCUAAGCGUAGUUUUAACGAUGGAGAAUACGUAACUGGUGAAGCUCUGGCAGCUCUCGUUAAUAUUUACGUUUCUGCCUUGAACACUCCUGGCACAGUACCCAGUGUGCAGAGUGCGUGGGAGACCUUUGUGCACACUAAGUGCACUGAGGCGAAAUUUGCCGCCUUAAAGGUGUAUGAAAGUGUAAUGACGUCAGAGCUGGAUGGUUUACUGCCUUGGGACAGCGAUAACAUUCGUCAGGUUCAGGAAAGAGCUAUUGGAGAAAGCAUGAGGAUUUUUCAGGAAGAAACUGUUGGAGUUUCCGCCCCGAGUAGCGAGAAGUAUUUGGAUGAGCUCAUGGUACGACUGCAACUGAGGGCCUUGAAAAAAGAACACUUGGACCCCAUUCUGAGGGAGGUAAGCGGCAAGGAUGGAGCAUCAGUGAGCUUUGCUCGGAUCAUUGGUGGCUACUCAGCAAUUGAACAGGGAUUUAAACGUGACGCAAAGGGAGCCAAGGACAUUUGCGCUCAAGUGUUUUACGAGUUUCAUCCGGAAAUGCAGGCAGAGAUGAAGAAACACACGGCGUAUCUACAACAGCUGAAAGACUUCGACGAGUCUUUGGCUUUCGAAAGACAAGAAAAGGCUCGUCAGGAGCAGGAGAGACAACGAAUAGAGGAAGAGAAUGCUCGGUUGGAAGAGGAGAGGCGUGCAAAAGAAAAAGAGAUGGAAAUUCUGAAAGCUAAGCAAGAGGAAGACAGGAAACGCUUGGAAGAGCAGUUUAAAGCAGACAUGGAAGCCCAAAGGGAGCAAAUGCACAAUAUAUUGACAGCAAACAUGGAGGAGCUGCGAAAGGAUCGAGAGGCAAUUGUCCAGCAGAAUCAAACCUUAAAGGAGUCAAUGGAGCAGAUGCGGCAGUCAAUGGAAAAAAAAAAUGAACAAAUUGUCGAGCUUCAGAAGCAAAUUGUUGCUCUCGCAAACAGACCACCUCCUCUGAAUCGUAGACAAAGAAGGCGAGGAAGGAGGAGAUGA